AUGUCGUCAGCUGACUUGUUUAAAAAGUUUACGCUACAGAAUGUUGCCCAAAUAGCGAACAGCAGCCAUAAAGAGCAAAUGCAGGUGAGGCACGAUUUGGCAGAGCAGUAUCCGCAGCUGGCAGACUUUUGGGAAGACAUUAUGCCCCGGAAGUCGGAUAUCAUGCUGGUACGUUGUCAUGACCAGGUCCACUGCGUCACACUAGUCAGUGCACAACCGGAGGUUCUUUUUUUUAACCACCACAAUGGGCCUUACAUCCCGCACCUGAAACUUCUUCACAAGUACCCAUUUAUUCUUCAGCGUCACCAAGUGGAUGUUGGGGCCUGUAAACAUGUUCUCUCCGGGGCUAACAUCAUGUGCCCGGGGCUUACAUCCAAAGGCGGUUACAUCACGCCAGAAAUACCAGCCGGCCAGUUGGUGGCUGUGUACGUUGAAACAAAAGAACAUGCAGUGGCGAUAGGAAAGACACUAAUGUCUUCCGAAGAAAUUAAGAAGGUGAAUAGCGGCCCAUGCAUUGAAAACAUACACCACGUGGGAGAUGGCCUUUGGAUGAACCGUGUUUUGAGUGCCUCGCACAUUGGGGCCCGGUGA